AUGAUCAUACAAGAUUUCUUGGUAAAACGGAGAUGGAUCAUACUAACGUUUUCAUUUGCGGCCGUCACACUGGCAACAUCCGCAUAUCUUAUCUACAGGGAAGUUUACCGCCCUAAACCGCCCAACGCCAUUCUAUCCAAGUACGGGUACCUGUUCCGACAGAAGAAGGACAUGGCAAUCCUAAACCAGCUGAUCCAGUCCCAGACGGCCUUGCCAGUGAAGGUCACGGACGAGCCAACCACAGACACAUGCCACUUGUCGUGUUCCGACAAAACAAUGGGACAACAAAACCAUCAUGACGUCAGCAACGAGGGCAAUACAACCGAAGGUCAGUGGUUCUCAAACCACACCCAGGCGGGACAUGAUGAGUACAUAGUGAACUACAGAGAGCCCCAAGCUGAGGCCCUAAGAGAUCAACCUCAGAUCAAAUAUGUGUAUCACGGAUGCUGUCGCUCACGGCAGCAGUAUAUGUCACCACCCAAGUUGAAGGCGCACACAACAAAGAAGAUGGUGCACAUUGUCCAGUUCAGAGACAAAGGCCAGUUUUUUCUCACUGACCACUGCAAGCACGAGAAAGAUUGCGACAGAGGCUGUCAGUGUAGACAACAACUGGUCACCGCCGUGGCCUUGGUUGUGGACUUCUAUCCCAAACACACAAAUGUCAACGAAGAUGUCUACAACGAUUACGUCGAGAGGAAUGCUAGGAUAGAAUUG